AUGAAUAGUUGUUUGGUGCGCUAUGACGCACAAGCCUGGACUAGGGUCAGCUGUAUAUGUCAGUGCUCCAUGGUGAAUCCUUCCCGUUUGUAUACUUUUUCUCAAGUCAUGAAGUUGACGAAAUUAAAUUCAAAUCUUUUCAGACAAAUGAACUUCGAGAGAACUUGUCCGAAGCUCUCGGAAGUCUAAAAGAAAAGGUCGCCGAGCAAUGGGAGGUUAUGACUGGCGUUGAAGCUCCAAAGGAUGAGCUCAACGCCCAAGAAAACUACGAGAACCUAUCUGGUAGCGACCAGCAAAACGUAGGUUUUUUUUUGUUGAAUACUUAUUUUUAUUAGUUUUUAAUCUGCAUGCACUUAAAAGUUUUCGAAGAAGUUUAAACAUGUUUCAAUUUUUGAAUAUACGAACGAGAAUUUCAGCUCCCUUCUUUUCCUUUUUUCGUAUUCAGUUAUAAUUUAUUCCUCAUUGGCAAGAUCGGGACAUCCUUACAUAGACCUUUUAACUGUUCUUAAAACUGAAAAACGGUUCAAUUACGUUGUAUCUUUGCGUCCAUUUACCAGCAUGUGUCUAUCCUUUUGCCGCCUCCACAUUUUUCCACCCUUUUUGAUUCUUGAGAAGUUUGAUAAGGGGCGAAAACCGAAAGUUUUAGCGGUUUUCUUGGAUUCCAACUUUGCCAGUCUUUCAAGUUUUUUUGGACAGUUUUGGUAAAAGUCAAUGUUUUUUGAUUGACUUGGUGAGAAAAAAUUCUAAAAAAUAUUUACUUUUAUUUUAUUGAAAAAUUGAGGCUUGAUCUUGAAGGAAAAGUUUAUAAAUCAUCUAUUUCGCAUUCUAUGUGUUUUAAAUUCCAAGAAUCAGCAUUGUCCUAACUUUAAACAGAAUAACUCAGAAAUUCGUUUCUCUCGUAGAAUUAAUUACGUCAAAUUCUAAAAAAAAGCUUUACGUGUUCAACCAUUUCAUUCAAAUUUGAAACGACCGCUUCAAAACCAAGGCUUUUUUGUCUGUCUUAUUGCUCUUUCGAUACUCCUUUUUACACGAACGCUUGAUCUCUCCUCUUGUUUUCCAUCCGCGGUCGCCGAUGACCAAAGACCGUGAUGUUCUGCUGUGGGAAUCGAAAAGUGGGCGGAGCUACGGACCCAUUCCUUUCUCUCAGCGAAAUAGCGUUUGAAAGUGGUAGACGUAAACAUGUUUACUCUCUCUCUUCUUCAGCUUCCCGUAUAAAUACUGAGAAUGCCGAAUAUCGAUUUACUAUUUUUCUUUCGAAACUUUCCGUUUGGCUUGUAAAUCAAACAGACUGUUCUAAUUCACCCUAUUUUGAAAGAAUAUUGAUUUUCUUUCAUUCCUCCAUCUCUAAACUGGAGAUAAAAAAGACUUUUUCUUGCAACUAAUUUUUACUGGUCGUUCAAAGUUUUUGUUGCGCGUUUUCUUAAGGUUUUUGAUAAUUUUUCAUUUCAGAAAAAUCACUGAAAAUGCUUUCCCGCACGCAGUUCAUCGCUUCCAACACUUCUCGCGUAUACUUUCAAAACGCACAAAGAAUGGCUGUGAGUUUCCGUUUUCAAACGGUAAUUUCGUUUAAUGACCUCUUCAGGGAACUGACAAAGGAGUGAUUGGAAGCGCGGUUGACAAGACGAUCGAAUUGGCACGAGAAGCCAAACACAAAAUCCAAGACUCGAUCAACGCGGUGACCGGUGAGCCCAGAGCGGAGGACCAGGCCCGCUAUAAGACCAAGGACGCCGUCGAUGCGGCUGCCGACAAGGUAUCGUCUACCUGAACUUCAAAAACAAUUAGUUAAAAAUGUCAGGCGAAGGAGCUGCGUGACAAGGCUUCGGAUACGUGGCAGGAUCUGAAAGACAAAGCUUCAGAAAAGAUUGAUCAUGCGCAAGACAUGAUGAAGGACAGCAAGCAUAAGGCCGACUGCAAGGUCGAAGGCCUCAAACGCGAAGCCUCCCAGAAAUGGGAAGAACUCAAGCACACCGCCGAGCAGGAGAAGCAGCACGUCGGUCAGAAGUACGACCAAGUUUCGCGUGACGCCGAAAGAAAAGUAUGGGAACCAUUUUAGGUUCUUUAAAAUGACCUGUCUUUGCAGAUAGACAAUGCUCGAGACCAAGCCGGCGAGAAGCUGAAGCAAGCCGGUCGUGAUAUUCAGAAACACUAG